AUGCUCGCAUCGACCACGUUCAGCCCUGUCGUCGCCUUGACAGCAACCCGACUAACACGAAAAUGGACACGGCGAAGAAGAGCCGCCACACCGUUAUUCGGAGCGGCAAGCGCAGUCACAUUGAGACCGGUUCACGGCAUCGAAGCUGGCCCCGCCGGAACUGAACGGCCGAACUUUACGGUCACAGCAACAGCCAUGUCAAAGACAGAUGCUCCUCCUUACUCUGUCGUGGCGUCCGAGCAGCUCACACUCAGCCUCCGCUACCGCAAACUCACUGCGCGGAGCGAGAUUCGCAGAGUCGGGCUGUCCGCUGACGCGCAAAAUCCCAUUGCCUACGCCACGUUCAACGGCGGCCAGAUGGACCAAGUGUGGCUGGAUGUCUUUGAGCUCAACUCGCGGCGCGGCUUAUCCAAGGUGUCUGGUGGCCAUGCCACCUUUGCGCCGCCAGUCGGUGCCUCGGCCUCGCGUGUAGCUACGCUGCGCGACUGGACCUUGCAGCUCGGCCCCGGCGUCGAAUACGUUCACUCGACGUCGCUGCUUCUCCGUGAUUUACACACGGGUAAGACGGCGCUCGAGAUUAAGGGCGCAUGCGGCGAUCCCGUCGCCUGGAGCCCCGACGGGCGGGCCAUCGCCGCGGCGGAGCCGCGCUGUCACCGCGUCGGCGUCUGGGACACACGAUCUGGCACGCUUCUUGGCCGCGUCGUCUCUCACAUUGACAAGGUUGACUUUGCCGCCUUUACUCCCGACAUGCACCUCGUCACGGCCUCGCGCGAUGGUACCCUGCGCGUCACAGACCCAGCGACGAGCCGGACCACGGCCAAGCUCGAAAUCGAAGGCCUCGGCGCCGCAAAUCCGCGCGCUCUGGUCGUCGCCGACAAUGAGACAAUUGUGUCUGUCUGGGGUGCGUCGGUGCAUGUCUGGACGCCGCGCGCAAACCACCUCACCUCGUACACGCUAGCGUCGGUGCGGCGUACCGAGGGCGUCCCGCUGGCGCUGUCCCCCGACGGCAAGUACAUGCUCUGCUGGACCGAGGAUGGCUUUGACAUUAUGGAUGUGCUGUCUGGCGAGACGGUCGCGGAGCGCCCGGGCGGCGCACUCGUCACGGCGGCGGCGUUUUCGGCGGACGCGAGCGUCGUGCUUCUCGGCCGCAUGGACGGCUUCCUCGAGGUCUGGGACAUUGCCCGCAAGAAGACCUAG